AUGUACGGAUCCGACCUUCUGCUGAGCCUGUUUUAUUCCCGACGGAAUAACCGGCUCGCUAAUGCAACCGUGCGCCUUAUAGGGAGAGUGCUAUCGUCACAAACGAUCGGGGUCGAGUUUUCGUCGCGAAUCAUCAAGCUAGGCACGGGCCCACGUCGAACAAGAAUCAAAUUGCAGCUCUGGGACACGGCGGGGACAGAAAGAUUCCGAUCGGUGUCCCGUUCCUACUACCGCGGUGCUGCCGGGGCCAUCCUGGUCUACGACAUCUCCUCGCAUGCAUCCUUCGCUUCCCUUCCGACCUUUCUGAUGGACGCGCGGGCCCUUGCGUCCCCGAGUCUCACCGUCUUACUGGCCGGUAAUAAAAGGGACCUCGCGACCGAUCCUCUCCCACAUGCGGGCUUCGUCGACAACCCUCCCCAAACACCGUCCAGUACUUCCAGCAAACAGUCCUCGUUCCCAUUCGAUUCGGGUGGCGGAGGAGGUUCGAUGCGUUCUACAAGCAAUAUGGUAACAGGCACAAGGCUAAGCGCCACCCAGGCCCCCGAGGGUCGCCAGGUCAUCGGUGAUGAAACGUCCCGCUGGGCGGCUAAAUCGAACAUACCCGUUGCGGUGGAAGUUUCGGCGCUCACGGGAGAAGGCGUUGAGGAGCUGUUCCAUAGAUUGGCCCGUAUAAUCCUUACAAAGAUUGAACUAGGUGAAAUAGACCCAGAUGAUCCUCAAAGUGGGAUACAAUAUGGCGAUGGCGGCCUGUACGGACACGGCACCAGUGAUGUUUCGAGCAUUCACAGUCGCAUGACCGUUGAUGAGAGCGCCGUGCAUCUGCAUCCUAAGAGUGCAAGAAGAAGGGGUGCGAACCACUGGAGAGGUGGUGUACGAGAAUGGGAGGACGUGUUUCGACUAGGUGGUUCACAUCAGAGGAAAGGUGGCGGAUGCUGCUGA